AUGAAAGUCACUCCAAAUGGUAAACGAGAGAUUGGUGUUAACCAAUAUCUUUCAAAUAUAAACCAUUGGAUGUCGUCAUCAUUUUAUACUAUUGCUUUACUUUCAAUAUCUUCAAUGAAACCAGAAAAAUUUGAAUCAAAUGAACAUUUAAAAUUUAUAACUAUUCAAGAUAACUUUAAACCAAAUGAAUGGUGGGCAAAGAAUGGAUAUCUUGUUUCUUUACAUGACUUUGGUUAUUUACAAGAAGAAAUAGAAUUUGAUGAUUACAAAGAAAAAAUUUCAUUGAAUUGGGCUUUUAAUGAAAGAUUAAAAUAUAUUCCAGAUGAAGUUGACUUUGUCUUUGUUACAUCACUACUUGACCCUGCAUUAAAUAAAACACAAGUUGAAAUGACUCUUCACUAUUAUUUUGACCAAAUCAAUCAAUCCAUUGAUGAUAUUUGUUUACUUGGCAUAAAUAAAAAAAGUACAAAUGAAAUCAAGAAAGUAUAUGCUAAAUGGCCAUCAGUUCAAUUUCAAGGAAUAUCUGGAUUAAUUAUUCCACGAAAUAGCAUUCGAGGAAUUAAAAGGAUGUUAUAUUCAAGUCAUUAUUUGAAUUCUUUUGAACUACUUAUUCAACAUUAUUGUGAAGUAGAUGAAAAGCCUAUUCUCCUUUCACCAUUAUACACAUUUUUGCCAGAGGAAUUCUAA